AGGAGAGGUAAGAAGAAAUGUCCUGCCUGAGAGAUUUCAGUCUUUUCAUCACAUGUGUGAUUCUCUUCAUCGUCCAGUCUGGUCAUGGUUCUGAGAUUAUUGGAGGGAAAGAAGUCAAGCCACACUCGCUGCCUUUUAUGGCUCUGCUGGAGAGUGACAAAGGAAUAUGUGGAGGAAUAUUAAUUGAUCCAGCAUGGGUCCUGACUGCUGCUCACUGUCGUAGUAUAAGAACGGUGAUCCUGGGAGUGCACUCCAUCGAGAAAAAGAAAAAGAAAGAGACACAUUCAAGGCAGGUCCGAAAGGUUCAGAAAGUUUUUCGUCAUCCCAGCUUUUCUGAAGAAAAAAGAGUCAAUGACCUCAUGUUGCUGAAGCUUAAUGAACCAGUGCAGGAAACCAAAACUGUGAAAUGUCGCCAGCUACAUGAACAUGUCAAAGACCCUGCAGCAGGCAGCAAGUGUCUGGUGGCUGGAUGGGGACUAACUAAAAUUAAACAACUAUCAGAUGUCCUUAUGUCUGUUAAAGUGACUGUGAUCAACAGACAAACGUGCAACUCUCCUGACUAUUACAACCACAAACCUGUUAUCACCAGUGACAUGAUAUGUGCUGGUUCAAAGGGUAAAAAAAAGACUGAUACCUGUAAGGGGGAUUCAGGAGGGCCACUGUUGUGCAAUAGAGUGCUAGUUGGAGUCACUUCUUUUGGACCUGAAGAGUGUGGUAACAUGAAAAAACCUGGAGUCUAUUCUUUUCUCUCAGAAAAACAACUCAAGUGGAUCAAGGACACAAUGGGGACCCCUGAAAUAUGAUGUCGACAUCAGUGCAGAUAUGAGCUAACAGCCAAAUAUGAAUCUUUGAUGCUGUUAAACAUGCCACUGCUGGGUCCACUUGAUCUAUUAUUUUUUCAUUUAAUUGCUUCUGUUACAUCUAUUAUAGAGUAGGUUUCUUGCUUGCUUUAAUUUUUACAGACUAUUAAAAGCAUUAGCGCAUCUAUUACAUGAACAAGUGUAUGUUUAAAAAUCAUAUAACUGGAAGUGGGUUCAUCACCCUUUUCCUUGCAGGAACUUGGGUGGGAUAUCUAUAACCAGUCUUUUAGUGUUGUGUAGGAAAAGAUUGACUGUCCAGCAUUUUAGCUAUUGUCAUUGCACACCAUACAUAAAUAUGGGUACAUAGCUUCAACGCCUGAAAAGAUAAGCGAAUGUAAAAGUGCCUUAAAUCUGCAUUGUUUCUACUGUACAUUCUUCUUUUUCUACUUUCUAUUAAAGCAAAUUUUUAAAAGGAAUCACUGAUUAUUU